GCCUUCUUUCGCAAGGCUUCGAAGUGAGAAAGGAGAACAAGAUUGACGAGAAAUGGAGAGGCUUCACCGGAUCUUCUCAGGCGCCGGCGGGAUGGGCCACCCACCGACCGACUCUCCGCUGCUCGACUCCUCCGAGCAGGUCUACAUCUCCUCCCUCGCCCUCCUCAAGAUGCUUAAGCACGGAAGAGCCGGUGUUCCGAUGGAGGUCAUGGGGCUGAUGCUUGGGGAGUUCGUUGAUGAGUACACCGUCCGUGUGGUGGAUGUGUUUGCCAUGCCUCAGAGCGGGACAGGCGUCAGCGUUGAGGCAGUCGAUCAUGUCUUCCAGACCAAUAUGCUCGACAUGCUCAAGCAGACGGGAAGAUCUGAAAUGGUGGUAGGCUGGUAUCACUCACAUCCAGGGUUUGGUUGUUGGCUUUCAGGCGUUGACAUAAAUACCCAGCAGAGUUUUGAAGCUUUGAACCCAAGAGCUGUUGCUGUUGUAGUUGAUCCAAUUCAAAGUGUCAAAGGUAAGGUGGUUAUUGAUGCUUUCCGCUUGAUCAACCCUCAAACAAUGAUGCUAGGUCAAGAACCGAGGCAAACAACUUCUAACGUUGGACAUCUGAACAAGCCAUCCAUUCAGGCACUUAUCCAUGGCCUAAACAGGCAUUACUACUCCAUAGCCAUUAAUUAUAGGAAGAAUGAGCUGGAAGAAAAAAUGUUACUGAAUCUACACAAGAAGAAGUGGACUGAUGGGUUGACACUAAAGCGGUUUGAUAACCAUUCCAAAACUAAUGAGCAAACAGUGCAGGAGAUGCUGAAUCUAGCCAUCAAAUAUAAUAAAGCUGUUCAGGAGGAAGAUGAGUUACCCCCUGAGAAGCUCGCAAUCGCCAAUGUUGGAAGACAAGACGCGAAGAAGCACCUGGAGGAACAUGUCUCAAACUUGAUGUCAUCUAACAUUGUGCAAACUUUAGGGACCAUGUUAGACACGGUUGUCUUCUAAUUGAAUCUUGCUCCUUUUAUGGUUUUUUUGUCAAACUUUAUAUCAUUAUCUGUUUACUUAGUUUGUUGUGUUAUUAAACAUUUCGUCCCCAAGAGAUCAACAAUCAGUGUGAUUCAUUUGUGAUGAUGUUUUCAAUUACUGAAUACAUUACCCUUUAUGGCUAAACAGGAAAUAUUUCAUUGCCU